GUUAGCUAAAUGUUUAUGUCAAUUUCCUUGUAGAAAAAAAAAAAAAAAAGAAGGAAAAAUAUCAACAAACGCCUCUCAAGAUACUUCUUCAACAGCUUAACUGAUAAGAUUUUCUCAGCUUUUUCUGUCGUAUCCCCACACACUCUCUCUCUCUCUCUCUCUCUCUCUCUCUCUCCCCGGAUAGAAAUUUCAAAAGUAUACUUUUCACCGCCGUUCUGAGGAUAUUAUGCCUUGUUUACGCUCCGUUUUCAGUCUAAGCAACCAACCAACACGUUAACAUAGCGUUUGAAGGAUAAGAGGUAAAAUAUCAUUAGCCAGAGAUGAGCGAUUCUCAUAGACCCCCACAUGAUGCCCAAACCAUGAAGCCCCAGCAUGAGCAAAUUACCCAGAGACGUCUCUGCGAUUACUGUAACCACACCACUGCUCUCCUCUACUGCAGAGCUGACUCAGCCAAGCUUUGUAUCUCAUGUGACCGCGAAGUUCACUCCACAAACCAGCUCUUCUGCAAGCAUACUCGCUCUCUUUUAUGUGACUCCUGUGACGAGUCCCCUGUUUCAAUCUUCUGUGAAACUGAGCACUCUGUUUUCUGCCAUAAUUGUGACUGGGAAAGGCACCGUCUUUCCUUAUCGUCCGUGCACAAUCGGAGGCCUGUUGAGGGGUUUAGUGGAUGCCGUUCAUUGACUGAGUUGAUCAGUAUUUUGGGCUUUGAAGAUCUCGGUGAUAAGAAAUCUCUGUUUUUAAAUGAAGACAGUAAUGGUUCAGCAGGGUCUAGGCUUGAUGACUCGGAUUUUGGAGAUGGGUAUUCGAACUUCUUGAUAUGGGAGACUCCUGCUGUUGUUAGCAUUGACGAUUUGAUAGCUUCUAGUGAUUCGGGUCAAAAUUUCCAGGCCUUAGGGGUUCCUCCUCUGCCCAAGAAUCGUAAUGCUGUUUGUGGGCAACACAAGGAAGAAAUACUUCGUCAGCUUCGUGAACUAGCAAGGUUGGAACCUGACUCAAUUUCUGAAAACCCAGACACUAAACCUAUUAAUUUAUUCCAGCCAUCAGCUGCUGGACAACAUAUACAUGAGCAAGAUACAGGUCUUUACAAGGAAACCACAUUUAACUGGAUCAGUGAUACUGGUGAAACUGGAAACCAAGUUUCUGUACCUUCUCCAUUAUUUAGAACCAACUUGGAGGAAAGUUUUGUUGUUCCUGACAAGCAGCCAAAUAUUGGCGGCAGUGUGAGUCGUGCCAAUGGAAGUCAUGAAGAGGAAACACAAUAUCCUUUCUCUACUAGAAUGGUACCAGUUUUCCCAAAAGUUGGAUCCCACGAGUUAAACAGCCAGGAGAGGGAUUCUGCAAUUUCACGGUACAAGGAAAAGAAGAAAACCAGGAGGUACGAUAAGCACAUCAGGUAUGAAUCGCGAAAGGCACGGGCAGAAAGCAGAAUAAGAAUCAAGGGACGGUUUGCAAAGAUGGACUCCUGAAACAAUGCAGACAUGGGUAGUUUCGUGUGUAAAAAUGACGAUCAGAAAGCACACAAGGAAUACUGCUUGGCAUUUUUGGUAGGAUUGGGUGGCUGGGAUUCUGCAACUCUGAUCGAGGAACGACCGUAGAGUGAUGUGAUAAUUAAGCUUCUUGUCUUAGUACCUUUUAAUGAAAUUUACACUGAAUUAUGUAUGUGUAGAAGAGAUUUGAAGAAUUUCUGAGUUUGGCGUCCAAAAGAAAAAUGGAAAUCAGCUACUUUCUAACAA